CUCCAACUAAACACAAGACCUACAGGCUUCCGCUUGCUUAUUCUGGAAACUUUGAUAAGAUGGACGAAAACGAGACGUACUACUACGACUUUCAUAUCCUGCAUUGCUGACUUGUGCUGAAGCACCCAGAGCAAUCGGCACAGAUCCCCUCUUCUUCGCCUUCCGGCAGAGAUACGAAACCAGUUUUACAUCUAUACCUUCACCGGUCAUGAGAUCAGCGUGUGCAUUACAAACCUCGGACGCAGCAUCCUGUACUUUCACAAUUGACCACUGCACGGUAAAGCUGCCCGGAGCUCAGGCCCUUUUUGUUCUCGUUAUUCCACUGCUUGCCGUCAACUAUCACGAGACCGCGCAACUCAAAACACUGUUCUACACACAGAACGCUUUCCGAGGCAACGGGCAUGAUCUGAGGUUACUCAACAUACGUAGGAAUACCUUGAGACGUACCAAAGAGCACGUCCGGACGCUGCAUCCUUACACUCUGUGGGAUGAUCGGGUACCUAUGGACAUGAACUCACACUUCUCCUCUACGCUCAACAAUCCGGCACGCCUGCCUGGGCACAAAGAGCUUGUCAUUAUCGGGCCGAAAAGAUUACAUGGCCACUCGCUGGAGUUUGUCCUGAGAACUAUUGAGACAGCAUUCAUGAUUGCAAGAAGUCGGAACCACAAGGUUGAGAUUGUACUAGGACUGUUGCCAACAAGCUUGAUCAACCCUUCGGACGACUGCGAGAAUGACGACGAAUCACCCCUUCUACAUUCGGCGAGCUCUCACUGAGGGCACUAGACAUAGGCCGGGAUUGGCUCUCAA